AUGGGUGGUAUGGAUGAUUCUCUCUUGCAAUUUCCUCGAUAAACUUCCAUGUUCUUGAAACCAAAUUUCCUUCCUUUUCUCGGAAUUUGCCUGCUCGAAAGCUGGUUACAGAAGUUGUUGUAUUGCUGAAGUUGCUGAUACGCCUUAUGUUCAUCUAUCGCCGUGGCUUUCACAUUUGCAGGCUAUACAGAAAACAAUGUUGCCGCCUUCUGUUGGUAUGUUCAGCAAGAACAAGGCUAGCAGAACCUCGGUCAAUGAUAGCAAUGGUGCUGCUGCUGCUGCUUCGGUUUCUCCAAAUCAGAAAGAGGGGAAUGGCCGUUUACCUGUGAAAGCUGCAUCGAAUACAAGAGUAGAUUCUAGGUCUCCCUAUCCCAAUUAUCCAGAUUUGAAGCCACCGUCUUCCCCGAUUCCUUCAAAACCAGGCAAUUGAGGCUGCAAGUCCAUUACAUCUUUGGAGGCAGCAAACAUUUUCUUUCUUCCCACUUUUCCUUCUCCAGUGUAGUGUAAACGAAUUGCUUGGUUGUUCAUUCGUUUGUUAGAAAGUUGACAACUUGGUUCUUUUUUGUAUCAUAUGAGAAUAUGUACCCGUUUGAUGAAAGCUUGAAGCAAGAGGCUUUUAUAGAGAAUCUGGAAAAAUCAUAAACUGCUACAUUUUCA